UUUAACCACUCACUCUGUCUACAGUUUAACCAAUCACACUGUCUAUAGUUUAACCACAGACUCCGUCUACGGUUUAACCACAUACACCGUCUACAGUUUAACCACUGACACCGUCUACAGUUUAACGCCAGACACUGUCUACAGUUUAACCACUGACACCGUCUACAGUUUAACCACAGACAUCGUCUACAGUUUAACCACAGACACCGUCUACAAUUUAACUACUUAUACCGUCCACAGUUUAACCACAGACACUGUCUACAGUUUAACCACUGACACAGUCUACAGUUUAACCACUGACAUCGUCUACAGUUUAACCACUGACACCGUCUACAAUUUAAGCACUCACACUGUCUACAACACUGUCUACAGUUUCACCGCUGACACCGUCUUCAGUUUAACGACAGACAACGUCUACAGUUUAACCACUGACACCGUCUACAGUUUAACCACUGACACCGUCUACAGUUUAACAACUGACACCCUCUUCAGGUUAACCACAUACACUGUCUACAGUUUAACCACUGACGACACCGUCUUCAACACUGUCUACAGUUUCACCGCUGACACCGUCUUCAGUUUAACGACAGACAACGUCUACAGUUUAACCACUGACACCGUCUACAGUUUAACCACUGACACCGUCUACAGUUUAACAACUGACACCGUCUUCAGGUUAACCACAUACACUGUCUACAGUUUAACCACUGACGACACCGUCUUCAGUUUAACCACAGACACCGUCUACAGUUUAGCAACAGACACCGUUUACAGUUUAACCACACACAUUGUCAACAGUUUAACGACUGACACCGUCUACAGUUUAGCCAUUGACACCGUCUACAUUUUAACCACAGACACCGUCUACAGAUUAACCACUGACACCGUCUACAGUUUAACGACUGAAAGUGACUACAAUUCAACCACUGACACUGUCUAG